UGGAAGCGAAAGCAAACGGGAAGAGGCAUAUGUGGAAGUCAGCUAGGUCAGAAAAGAAUAUUUUUCACGCUGGUGAUUUUAACAAGCUUGAGUCGAGGGAACAACAUUUUAAUAAAUGCACUUGUUUUUUCUAUGAUGUUACUGUUCUGGAUGUGAUAUAUUUAUAUUUUUCUUGGUAGAAUCGAGAGCGUUGAUACAUUUAUAAGGUUUCAUUAUGAAUGUUAUGUUGAUAUUAAUAUGUUGUCUCCAUAAUAUAGACUGUAAACAAUAGUGAAUGUUCUUGUUGGGGCCUCAAGUGGUUGUGCAGUUGUGUUGAUAUCCAGUUGUGUUGUUGUGUUACGGAUCAAGUUGUGUUGUUGUGUUCCUGCUGGUCGUGUUUGUGAUGCCGCUGAGUAAUCAAGUGAGACAAUCAAAGUAGUUUGGUUUGUGUUUAGACCAAAUUUAUGCCAAAUACAUGCAACUCAACCAUCGUGACAUGUGGAAGAGAUGGUCAGGUUCGUGUUGGUUUCUUAACAAGUAGCGAUUCCCUACAAAUGACAAAACGAGUGGCACAGCAUAAACAAUCAGCACAUAAGCUCUCCAUUGAACCAGGUUCUCCAAAUCUGUUAAAAACAGCUGGAGAAGAUGCUGUGAUAUAUAAUAUUGAUUUGCGUGAACCUAAACCAACCAAGUUGUUAACUUUGUACAAUGAUAAGAGGCGUAAAGUCGCAUUAUAUGGUAUAAAUAUUAACCCAAAUAAUCCGUUGGAAUUUGCUGUGGCAGGGCGAGAUCCAUGGGCCAGGAUAUAUGAUGUGAGAAAGAUAAAUGCUGAUUGUGAGGGGUUUCUGAAAAAGUUUUCACCAGAUCAAUUGCAGGAAAAAGAUAGUGUGUUUGCUGCAAACGUAACAUGUCUCAUGUACAACUAUAAUGGCUCAGAACUGCUGGUCAGUUACAACGAUGAUGAUAUUUACUUGUUUGAUACAACUCAAAGUUCCGCAUGCAGUCCUAUCCAUAAGUAUAGUGGUCAUAGAAAUUCCGACACAGUAAAAGGCGUCAAUUUUUUUGGUCCUUGCAGCGAAUACAUCGUAAGUGGAAGUGAUUGUGCUCAUAUUUUUAUUUGGGACAAGAAGACGGAGCAGGUGGUGACGUUUUUGAAAGGCGAUGACGUAGGCGUGGUGAAUGUUUUGGAGCCUCACCCAGAUUGUUGUGUACUUGCUACGUCAGGGUUGGAUCAUGAUAUCAAAAUAUGGCAGCCACUUGGAAAGCCAUUUGUCAACACAGAAGAGUUAAAAAAGCAAAUUAAACGAAACGAACACGAUCGCAUUGAAGACAGGAAUCGGAAUCCUGACCCAUUUGACAAUCAGCUGAUCUAUAUGAUGAUGCAACAUUUGCAACGACAAAGAAGGAGAAUAUCAAGGAGAAUGGCGAGAGAGGGUGGGGACGAGUUAAGCGACUCAACCACAGAUUCCGAUGGCGGAAGCGAUGAUAGACAUCCAGAGUUUAAUGCAGAUGGUACGAACGACUCUGAUGACGACUCCGAUGAUGAUGAUGAUAAUGAUAAUGAUGAUGAUGAUGAUGAUGAGGAUGGACAUAGUGAACAUCGAUGUGUCCAGUCUUAAUAUGCCAAAUACGCCAAGUGUGUAAUUUGCAAAUAGUGAUUUCCACUUCAAAAGUUUAAGGAUAAGUGGAGUACCUGUAAAAAAAAAAUUGAGCGAUUUUAACUACUGUGCACGAAGC